AAAGUGGGAACUCACGGCUCGCAUGCAGUUCCACCGCCCGGUCCGCCGCCACAGACGAGGCAGAGCUGCUCUGGUGCGGCCCGCAGACACCAUGGGCUGGCGGGGACCGGCCCAGCUGGUGCUGGUGGUAGGGCUGGUGUUGGUGCUGGCACUCUGUGACGGCGCCACUACAAACCAGCCGCAUAUCGUCUUCAUUCUGGCAGAUGACCUCGGUUAUAAUGACGUGUCGUGGCACAACCCCGACAUCCUGUCCCCGACGCUGGAGGCUCUGGCGAGAGAGGGUGUCAUUCUGGAGCAGAACUACGCCCAGCCGCUCUGCACUCCCUCCAGAAGCGCGCUGCUCUCCGGCAGAUAUCCCUUUCACGUUGGUAGACAGGAUGGCGCCCUGGAUCCGCACAUGCCGACGGGUCUGACCCUCAACGUCACGCUGCUGCCGGAGCGGUUGAGGUCAGCCGGCUACAGCACACACAUGGUCGGCAAGUGGCACCUGGGCAACUGCGCACACGAAUACUUGCCGCCGAACCGCGGCUUCGACACCUUCCUGGGCUACUGGUGCGGCAUGAUAGACUACUACACACACAGGAGGAGCGGCUCACUCGACUUCUUUGACGGCGAGCGGCCGCUGUUUGAGCUGGACGGCAUCUACUCGGCAUCUGCUUUCACCGACCGGGCAGAGAGCAUCAUCAAAGGGCACGACCCCAGCCGGCCGCUGUUUCUCUAUCUGCCCUUCCAGAACGUUCACACACCAUUGGAGGCGCCUGCCGAGUACGAGGAGCUGUACCCGGCCACGAUGAACGCCGCCCGGCGCACCUACAGUGCCAUGGUAACCGCCUUGGACGACUCGGUCGGACGGGUGGUGCAGGCCCUCAAGGAUGCCGACCUCUACAGCAACUCGGUGAUUCUGUUCGUGAGUGAUAACGGAGGACAAGUGCAUAGUCACCUUCACAGUCAAAAUCUGUACGACGAAGACAGUCGAGACGGCUACGGAGGCAACAACUUUCCUCUGCGAGGGGAGAAAACAACCCUUUGGGAGGGCGGCACCCGCACGCCGGCCUUCAUCCACUCCCCGCUGCUGGAGCGGGCCGGCUACGUCAGCCACGAGCUGAUCCACAUCACCGACUGGAUGCCGACGCUGCUGCGGCUGGCCGAAGCCAGCGCCGACGGAGACCCUCUGGACGGCUUCGACCAGUGGCCCAUGCUGAGCGCCGGCCAGCCCAGCGCGCGCACAGAGAUGGUCUAUAACAUCGACGAGAAGCUGCCGAACGCGGCACUGCGCAUCGGCGACAUGAAGCUGCUCUGGGGAGACAACUCCGGCUCCAGCGACUGGUACCCGGUGCUGGAGGCCCUGCCGGACUCCUCCGAUCGCGCUCCGGCCAGCGCGUGGCGAUCGGUCCGCUCGAGUCUCGGCAGUCUCGGCGAGUACCCGGUCUACCUGUUCAACGUGACGGCCGACCCGACCGAGCGCCUGGACCUGUCGUCGCUGAUGCCGGAGACGGUGCAGGCGAUGCUGGAGCGUCUGCUGGAGCUGUCGAAGGAGCUAGUGCCGGCCGACGUGCCCUUCCCCGACCCGCGUGGUCACCCGGUGGACGGGGUCUGGACCACCGGCUGGUGUGAGCCCUACUGAGUAAAUACUUGGAGGUUUUCAUCACGCAGGACGAGUGCUAAAUACAGGAACCAUUAACCAAACAGAAUCGCCGAACUAGUUAUGUGCUUACGAUGACAGCUGACAAUUGGAUACGUGUUCCUGACGAAAAGUUCCAAGCUUCUUCAUUGUCGGCUCCCUUUUUACCGAAAAUAGAUCUGCUGAUCC